AUGUUCAAAUAUUGUGCUUUUCUAUUGGCUGCCAUUUUAAGUGUAUCAGCUAAACCGGCUGUUUUGGGUGUUGCUCCAGUUGUUGGACCAGCUGUCGCUCCUGCUCCAUUAGUGGCUCCGGUAGUAGCUGCAGCAAGUAGUCAACUUGUAGCUCGUAGUUUUCAUGCACCGGUAGUAGCAGCUGCUGCACCAGCACCACUUGUUGCUCCAGUACCAACAGCAUACGCCGGAUCGUAUGCUCAUCCAUAUGCAAGAUAUGUUGCGGGAGUACCAUUUGCUGCACCGUUUACAGCAGGAGUAGCAGCACCUUUUGCUCGAUUUGCUGCUCCAGCAGCUUAUGCUGCUGCACCUGCUGCCGUUGCUCCAGCAGCUUAUGCUACUGCACCUGCUGCCAUUGCUCCAUUUUCUUAUCCUUAUACAGCUAAUCCUUAUGUUGCAGCAUCAGCUCCAUUGAGAUAUGCAGCUUCUUCACCAUAUUUCUUCUAA